GUCCGCUCGCUGCCGUAGCUGAGUAAACUACACGGACAUUAGCGGGCGCAGCGGCGCAACCACCAGCGAGAACGGAGGGGGAUUAAAAGGCAGCGUGCUUGUGCCGAGGACCGCUCCAUUACCGUGUUGUGUGACGGAGAGAGAGAGAGAGAGAGAGAGAGAGAGAGAGAGAGAGAGAGAGAGAGAGAGAGAAAAAGAAAACACAAACAAACUCGGUGUUUAAACCUCGAGUCCGCGGCAGACAGUUUGCAGCUGCUGAAACAGCAGAGAAAAGGAGCGAACUAGGGAGAAGUGUCCGUCCGUGCGUCGUGAUUGAGGGUGAGCGAGCCAAGAGAGAGAGCCGGGGGGAGAAAGAAAGGGGGAAAAAGGAGCUCGGCGGGAAUGGCUUCAUCUCCGUGCGGCAACAGUAACUUUGAUUCCGGUCUGGAGAUCAAGACUCGCUCCGUGGAGCAGACGCUUAUUCCCUUGGUGUCGCAGAUCACCACGCUGAUUAACCACAAGGACAGGCCAAAGAAGUCUGAGCGAACCUUGGCAGCCAUUCACCGCGUGGGUCAGGCUGUGAGCGUGGCAGUGGGGCGCUUUGUCACCGUUGGAGAGGCCAUUGCCUCAGAAAACCAAGAGCUGAAGGAUGAGAUGGGUCAGGCAUGCUUUGAGGCGCGCAGAGCAGGUGACGCUAUAGCCCAGCUGACAGACGUGGGAUCGGCCAUGCAGCCCCAAACAGACGGCCGCGUCACUGUGUUCAGUGACAGGACCGGGAUGGUAAAGGCUGCCCGUCUGCUCCUCUCGUCGGUCACUAAAGUCCUUGUCCUUGCUGAUCGCAUCGUCAUCAAACAGAUAAUCACAUCACGCAACAAGGUUCUUGUAACACUUGACAAACUGGAACGAGUCAGCACCUUCCAGGAGUUCGUGCAGAUUUUCAGCCAGUUUGGCAACGAGAUGGUGGAGUUUGCUCACCUCACAGGAGACAGACAGAACGACUUGAAAGACGAGAAGAAGAAGGCGAGAAUGGCAGCAGCCCGAGCGGUGCUGGAGAAAUGCACCAUGAUGCUCCUCACUGCCUCCAAGACUUGCCUCAGGCACCCGGACUGUGAGUCGGCACGGAUCAACAAAGACGCCGUGUUCCACCGAAUGCGCUGCGCCCUGGAACAGGUCAUCGAGAUAGUCACCGAGGCGCGGAGCUGCGGGGAGAACAAGGUCCUCCCUACGAGUAUCUACAACACCAUCAAAGACUUCAAGUGCAGCGUGGAGUGCCUUCGAGAGAACCUGCACUCCUCGACGCCGCAGAUCGUGGCCGCUGAACUGGAGGCCCUGGUGGAGCGCACCGAGGACUUCACCGAUUCGCCCUACACCAGCCACGAGCAACGGCAGGCCAUCCUCGGCUUGUGCCAGCUGGCCCGCCAGGACACCCAGCAGCUGGUGCACGCCUGGAUCCAGGCGCAGCAGUCUGUCCUUGCCAAAGAAGGCACAGAGGAGCUGGAGGUGGCCAUCCUGAAGACAUGCCAGAGCAUCAGUGACCUGAGACGAGAGCUCCAUAAGGUCGCGGUGGGCCGCGCGUCCGACUUGCUGAAAGCUCACGGCGAGCAUCUGCCCCUGAGGGCCCUCAAAGCCGCAGGCGCCGAAGGGAACCUGGAGGCAGUGGCGGAGUAUUCGCGCACGCUCACCGAGCAGAAGGAGCAGCUGGUGGAGACGUGCCGGCUGUUGUGCCACGUGUCUGGGACGGAGCCAUUAGAGAUUACCUGCAUACAUGCUGAGGAGACCUUUCACGUCAUUGGUCCACAGAUCAUCUCAGCUGCCCAGACACUGGCCCUUCACCCAUCCAGUAAGAUUGCUAAAGAGAACCUGGAGGUGUUCUGUGAGGCCUGGGACUCCCAGCUCUGUGACAUGGCUCUGCUGCUCAAAGAGAUCAAUGACGUCUUUGAAGGAAGACGAGGUGACAAAAGGCCCUAUUUGUCUCUUCCAAGACCUGGGAAACACUCAGCUAAUCUGAAGACUGCCAAGGCUGUCAAGUUGGAUGCAGAGGAGCAGACGAGCAUGGCCAAACUGGGACUGGAGCUCCGUCUGCUCUCGUCAGAUGUGGACUCCGAGGUAGAGAAAUGGGAGGAGCAGGAACACGACAUUGUGCGGCAGAGCCAGAGCCUCGCCAGCAUGGCGUACAACAUGUACCUGUUCACAAGAGGGGAGGGGCUGUUGAAGACGACACUGGAUCUUUUUCAUCAAGCCGAGGUUCUGUCUGAAGAGGGGCUUCAGCUUUGUUCAUCUCUUCGCAAAUUUUCCUCUCAGCUGGUUGAUGAGGAAAAGUCCGUGGUGAUCACAGAAAUGGAGAAACUGGUGGCAUUGUGCCAACAGCUGCAGAUGGGGGCCAAAACUCCCGUACAGGGCAAGACUGCCACCUUCCAGAAGGUGGACUCAAACAUUCAGACAACCAGAAACAUCAUGACUGUGGUGUUCUCUCUCCUCCCUGUUUGUAACAAGCUAAUUAAAAAGUACAAGUCAGAGAGGACGAGCCUCAGUUCCCUGCAGGACUGGGGGGACCGACAGGAUGCGUCCACACCAGUCAAAGAGGAGGGGGCUCUAAGUAGCAAAAACACAAACGGCUUCGGAGUCAAAUCCCUGGAGCAGCACAUGGCCGGCCUCAACCUCCUGGAGAGCAAAUAAUCCAGGAGACCGUCUCCUUUUUUUUUUUUUCCCUCCCAUUGUGGUCAGAUCAACACAUAGCCAACCUUACCUCUGUGAAAUUAUCCCACCAUCCCCUCCAACCACUGCAGGGUGGACCUUGAACUGCGGGGCAAAGAUGGCCGCCUUCGGGUCAGAUACUAGAUUGUGUUUGACAUGCAGGGGACGAAUCUGAAGGCGUGCGAAGAAAGAAACGCAAACCGAAGCUUUUUAUGUCCACUUUAUCUAGCUAUCUGAAGCACUAGUCGACAACACGGAGACAAUCAGCCAACACGCAUCGAGCCUUCAAAUGAAAAAGAUUUGACUCAAAUUUGAUUCACAGGGUUCCUUCCACAUUUAUUUCAAAAUGUCAUACAUUUCCAAACUUAAUACUGUUUUCAGGAUUUUCAUAUAACAUUCUGGAAAUUUCCAGGAAACAUAAAGAGUUAGGUCUUUUCAUUUAAAGCUCCCAAAAUACCAUGCACACCAAAAUGUUGGAAUUGCCCACUAAUUUUCUGUGUGGGAUAAAUCAUGUUGAUUCUUUAUUUGGUAUCUGGACAUCAUCAUACUAAUUUUACUUCAAAAUCUUUAACUCUUGGACUUGUCAAAUACAGACUGACGUGUCCUACACUGAAGCGGAAUAUUUAAAGCACAAUUUGUUUACUUUGGUACCUUGAUUCUGAUGUAAAGUUCAGUGUACUAAAGUCCAAAAAAAAAAUAUUUAGUGGGCCUUCUUCAAUGUUUUGAAUGAGUUUGCAUUCAGUUAAGUCACAAACCAAAAUCAUAAUGACUAAAAUGAUAAAAUCAAGAUGUCAACAAUCUAAUCAAAGAUAAAGCAUGUCAUUGAAAUAUCAAUGUAUAAUCCGCACCAUUUUAAGCAUUACUGAAGUUUUGCCUUAAGAAAAUCUUAGAACAGUAAAGUAGGAAAUCCAAAAAAAAAAAAUUCCCCCCUCGUUCCAUACUUAUCCACACCCCUAAUAUGCUACAAGCAGAUUUUGUCGUUUCCCAGUCCGCGUUGGGACCCUGUUUCAGUCAGGAGAGGACUUCACUUGAUUCUUGGCUCAGCCACAGACCUGUCGUCACUACGUGCCUGUGUGUGCCGAGCCCCGUUGUUUUGUGGUGUGCUGUAAACGUGUUGCACAAGCAUGGUGGUAACAUGUGUAACUGCCAUAACCUCACUUGGACAUGUAUUUUCCAAGCAGAUCACAU